AUGAAAGAGUUCAUACUGGGGCAAGGCAGUACAAGUACAGCAAAUGUGGAAAAUCCUUUAGCUGCAAAUCUUUGCUCGUUUAUCCCAAAAAAGGUCACAUUGGAGAAAAAUGAUACAUGUGCAGUGAAUGUGCACAGUCUUUUAGCUAUAGCUCUAUCCUUACUCAGCAACAGAGUAUUCACCCUGGAAAAUGGCCUUAUGCGUGCACUGAAUGUGGGAAGUCUUUUACUGAUAGGUCUGUCCUCUGUUAUCAUCAGAGAGUUCACACUGGAGAAACGCCUUAUGAGUAUAAUGAAUGCAGGAAGUCUUUUACCUAUAGCAAAAACCUCCGUUAUCAUCAGAGUUCACGAAGGAGAUAGGCCUUAUGAGUGCAGUGCACAUUGGAAAUCUUGUACUGCUAGGUCUGGCCUCCAUGAUCAUCAGACAGUUCACACUGGAGACCGGCCUUAUGAGUGCAGUGAAUGUGGGAAAUCUAUCACCUUCAGCUCCAGACUUCACCGUCAUCAGAAAGUUCACACUGGUGAAACACCUUGUAAUAGUAAUGAAUGUGGGAAAUCCUUUAGCAAAAAAUCUACUUUCUUUCAACAUCAAAGAGUUCACACUGUGUAA